AUGGAAAAUAAAGGAGAAGCUAAACGUCGCUAUUUUGUAUCGGAAAUCGAAACAACCAAAAGAGCCGUAAAAGAUCUUCAGGAGAAUCUCGUCAACUCAAGGCAACGGCUUGAAAGUUUGGAAGUCGGACUCGUGGAAGCUGAGCUGGAAGCGAGCAAGGAGCGACUUGAAGAGCUCGAGCUUUUGGUUUUGCAGAAAGAAAAGCAAAUCCUCCUGCUUCGUAUUGAAACGCAGGAGGCAAAAGAGCAACUUGAAGAGGAAAAGUCUGUCUUUUGCCAAGCAAAAAAGAAAUGGAUUAAAAUCGUUUCGAAUUUCUUUAACCCUUCGCAAGUUGAGCUUCUUCGGGCUUUUCUAGUAGUAAAGAUUUAG